AUGCCAUCAGGAAAAAAGGAUCAUUAUUUGACACUAAUGGCGCUUCCCAAGUCCGCUGAAUCUCCACUUGAAGAUUAUGUCGAGCCCAGUUCCCAAAUCUCUGCCAUCAACAAAUUUACGCAGCAGGUUUCAACCCAUGAGAAGAAGUCUAUAGUUGACGUUUUUCCUACCGAGCUCAUUGCAAACAUUGUGGGGCAUCUUGGUCCAACAUUUGGAGUAGUAUUUGGUCUGACUUGUCAUCAAGUAUAUGAUGAGUGCAAGCGUCAGUACCCACACUCAGAUGCCCUUCUUCUGGAAACACUUCUAUGGGAUAAGAGCUCAAAGGAAGACGUCCAGCAUCCACUAUUUCGACCAUCCGCUCGACUUCACGAUCUACUUGGUGAAUGGAUGGGAAGUGGCGAUACCACAAAAUACUUCUACUUUCGAGAUCCAGCUCUCGGAUCAUCUGAUCUCUUAAUGUACAGCGCCAUACCGGGAUACUACGUUGGCAAGUUUCUGCUCCGUGAAAUUUAUGGCGAGGAAGCCGAUCCUUCUGGCCACGCUUUGAGGCAGUUGCUUUUGGCAUGGUGCGCCUACGUUCACAUUCAGAGAGGAUGGCUACAGUUCCGUGGAGACGAUGAGCCUCCACACUAUCCUUCGCCACUUAACAUGGGUGGAAAAGCAUGGAUUGAUGAGAUGGGUAGAAUUGUGACUGUGUACAAGAACAGAGAACCAGAAAAUAUAUUCAUAUACAUCGUCAGAAUAGCUAUUAAUGUAGCCAAUGAGGAGUAUGGACAAUGCUCAUCAGUUAUUGAAGCGAGAAAAAAGCAGUUGCGGGAACAGCAAAAAGGACUGCGAGCGUAG